AGAGUCCAUUUAUACUCAAAUAGCUAGGGCUCAGGCUGACGCUAAUCUCUUGCUCCAUGAAGAGUCAUCGGAGAAUAUCAUGCAUCGACAGCCAGAAAGUGAACUUCAGAAUCUCAAAUCGGCAAACGCUCAAAAGCUUGACUCAAACGAUCCAUCUACUUCAUUGUCUCCUUUGCUCUGCCAGUUAACCUUGUUAGAUAAACAGCGUUCCUCAUCACCUGCCGGACAUCUUGUCACACGUUCAGUCUCUUUAGCCUGUCUUGCCGAGCAACAGCAUCGCGCAUAUCUCACCAAAAUUUGUCAGCCAUGGUGGAUCCAGUGGAACUUACGUUGGCGCAUUUUACUUCACAAAUGGCUGGUGGGUCACGGUCAUGCAUACUGGACUGACAAGUUUAGAGAUGCCAUGCAGACAAAAAAGCUAAAGAUAGAACAGGAUAUGCCCCUCAAAUAUCAAGCAUUUGAGGCCAUUCCAUCCAAAGUGCCCCUUGCUCAUAUGUGUCUAGAAUCUGCUGUGGAUCGCAGCUCAGAGGCUGAAUUUUGUAUUCCAGAACUUGAUGACUACGAUUCCUUGUUUCGCAGCGGCUUCAUUUGUGAUGUUGACGGAGUUCUAACAGAAGAGGAAAUAGAUGAGGCCAUCACUACGGGACCAAUUUUGGGCUCGUGGGCUUUAGAGGCAUCAAAAGAUGUAUCACUAAAUAAUUAUUUUCAUUUAUGA